GUGCCCCCCCACUAUAGAUAAGUACUUUUGUGCCUUAGGUUUUAGUGACAGCAAGGUGAGUGGAAGUCCAGAAACUUCCCAGUCAGAUUGACUGCCUUUACAUCCCUGUGCCUCCCUGUGGUCAUCAGAGAGAGAACUUUCUCUACCUGCAUCCACAGCUUGUCCAUGCUUCUACUUCAUUGAGACUGUUGUGAGAAUCAAAUGAAUGAAUAUGCACAGAGGCUAGUGCCUGACACUUGGCAAGCAUUGGGUGCAUGUUAGUUGUUUUACAGUGCUUUCUAAAUAAAUGAAUUAAAUCACAAGUAAAAUGCACUGUGGUAUGAGCUGGCGAGAAGGACCACUGGUUCCGUCACAUGAUUCAUCACAACCUCAGGACAUAAAGUGGCAGCUAUAGUUUAUGGAAGACGUUAGCAGAGUUAUCUGUUCCCCCUUCUGCAGCCUUUUCCUUCAACUACUAGAGUAGUCAACGGCCUGAGACUUUCUACAGGUCUUUUCCCAUAUACUUAACUAUUUGUUUGUCAUUGUCUGUCUUUUUAUUGCUUUCACUCAUUAGUGAUAGCCAUGAAUGAGCUUAUGUGUAUAAAACCAGCACUCCCUCACAGUCCUUGAUCACGGAUGUCUUAAAGUUGGGUUAAAACAUAAAUAAAAAGAAUUCUGACUACACUUCCCCGUUCUCACAAGAAUGAAGAGAAAUGGACUUUCAACAAUGAACAUUCUUGCCUUUUUCUUUGGCAGCAAUUUGAGAUAACUUGUGUGUCCUUACUAUAUAAUUCCAGAGAUAUCAUGAGUAGAUUUUUCUUUGUAAUGAUAUUAGAAAAAAAUACAUGCUGUAGAAAAAAAUUUAAAGAACAGGACCCUUAACUACAAGAUAAACAAAACCAAAUAUCUUUAAUGCCUGAAGCCUGAAUGGGUUGAACAGUCUCCAAGGAUAGAGCGAAGGUACCACAAAGACCUCUCACCUCUCCUCUCCUUCCCCACCUGGCUGGCUUUCAACUCAAAGAUACCAGCUGACUUAUGCCUCCAGAGUGCUGAGACAGAAGGCAUGAGAUACCACCUAGCCCUCUCCUUUUCUUAAUCUACAAACCAGGAGGGCAGCAGUGGGGUAAAAAUAGUGUUUCGAGCCUUGUUCUGAAGUCCACCUCUUUGGAAGAAAUUGGUCAGGGUUUUAUUCCUGGUUCUUGUGGAGUGAUUUUAGCUACUUGUGCUGAGCCCUGUGGAAAUUUGAGUCUCUGCAGAACUCCCAGGCUCUAUUCUGUUGGGCAGGGGAGACAGUUUCUUGAGAAUUCAUAGAGUUUGUCUGGUGUCUUAACUAACUAGGAUUAGGCUUUACUCUCAGACUCCUCUCAAUUUAUUUUUCUCUGUACAACAUCAUAUUUGCGUUUAUUCUAAAAAUGUCUCAUUAUUAUUUAAAGAUCAUGCAUUGCCCUCCCUUCCCCUUGUCAAUGAAUGUCUCAGUGAAGAUUCCCAGGGCACUUUGAAUCAGAGCCUUAAGCCAAUUUUCACAGUGUCUCUGGUCUCUGAGCUCCUGGGAGAACAUUAUUCUCUGUUGCGACUCUAGCCAACUUUUCCUAUAAGAUUCCAGCAGGGGCGCCCUGAGCAGGGGUGGGGUGGGGGAGUGACCACGACCCAAACCCUGAGCUGCGUGCUAGGACCCUUAUUGAGCUGCCUCUUAGCGUCAUGAUCAGCGCUCCUGCCUGCCUUCCGCGUCUGCAUCCACUGCCCCGACCUUGCCCUUGCGUUGGGUAGAGCGCUUUCACUCUGAGCUUCAAGUCUCUGGACACUUCUUCUGCAUACACCAAACUGAACCAGUACCUCCUGGAAGUCGUUUGGCUAAACCUAGCUCCCAGUUUUGCAGACGCCUCCACCCUACUACCCCACUCUUCACAUCCAGAGGGAAAACACAAGGCCUGCGACUCCAGCAAUUGCUCCGGGCACCAGGGACACAAAUCCCUGGGGGCUUCCCAGAUUCUUACUCAUUCAUAUUCAUUCUCAUUCUCUCACAGUCUCUUUCUCUCUCCUCAGACUCCUAACAAGCCAAGGCGAUCCUCCCCAGUGGCGUUCUCUUACACACACACACACACACACACACACACACACACACAGAGAGAGAGAGAGAGAGAGAGAGAGAGAGAGAGAGAGAGAGAGAGAGAGAGAGAGAGAGAGAGAGAGAGAGAGAGAGAGAGAGAGUCGCAAGCACACAAGCUCACACGCCUACUCAGACAGCCCACCGCACUUUCCAGACGCCCACCUCCAGCACACUCCCCUCCCCUAAAAGGCAUUCACCCACUCACCAGCUGUAGCCUCUUCGGUCCCCCGCCCUCCCGCCCGGCUCCCCCUCCCCAAGAAGCAGAUCCGCGCGCGCUAGGAGGCAGGGACCCCCGGCAGUCGAGCAGCUCGGAGCGCCGCACUGACCUCCGCCUGCCCUGCGUGCAGAUUAACAAAGGCGGCGGCGAGCCCUAGCCCGACUGCUGCAAGCCGAAAGCUAGCCGCGGGGCCCAGAGCCUGCGCCCAGUCAGGAAGCGCAACGCGGGCUGCUCUGGAGUCACAGACAACGUUGACUGAGCUCGCAGACCUCUCUGGAGCCGCGCUGCUGGGACGCCGGCCACACCAUGGGCUGCUGCACCGGGCGCUGCUCGCUCAUCUGUCUCUGCGCGCUGCAGCUGCUUUCAGCCCUGGAGAGGCAAAUCUUUGACUUCCUUGGCUUCCAGUGGGCACCCAUUCUUGGAAAUUUCCUGCACAUAAUAGUUGUCAUACUGGGUUUAUUUGGAACCAUUCAGUAUAGGCCACGUUACAUCAUGGUGUAUACAGUGUGGACUGCCCUCUGGGUCACCUGGAAUGUGUUCAUCAUCUGCUUUUAUUUGGAAGUAGGUGGCCUCUCUAAGGACACAGAUCUGAUGACAUUCAACAUCUCUGUACAUCGGUCAUGGUGGAGGGAACAUGGACCUGGCUGUGUCCGGAGAGUGCUGCCGCCAUCAGCCCAUGGCAUGAUGGAUGACUACACAUAUGUCUCAGUCACAGGCUGUGUCGUCGAUUUCCAGUACCUAGAGGUCAUUCACAGUGCUGUACAAAUCCUGCUAUCUCUGCUUGGUUUUGUGUACGCCUGUUACGUGAUCAGCAUUUCCAUGGAAGAAGAAGACACCUUUGAUUUCAUAGGUGGACUAGACGCGCACUCCCACUGCCAGGAUCAUGUUGAGUUAAAGCCUGUUAAACCUGUCGAAAUAAGUAAUGACAUUGACUCUGAAAUGCGGCUCCUGGACUUGAGUUAGGGAACAAAGAACCACUGGCCUCUGGCACUGGGGAUCCUACAGCGGCACCUUCCUCCCAGAGGGCAGGACUGCAACCCCUGCGGGCCGGCGAACAGGGAGGGAGCUGCAAGGUCUUUGGUCUCAGCCUGUGUAACAUUAGCCUUGUUUGCUAGAUGCGUUCUGGGUGUUUGGGUGGGUAUUUUUUUAGUCAUCUUCUUCUUAUAUGAGCACUUGUAAAUUGUAAAAAAAAAAAAAAAGAAAGAAAAAAUGGUUUUUAAUUUUUUUUUUUUUUACAAUAUUUAACUUGAGGCAUGCAAAAUGAAAAAAAGAACCUGUGAAAUUUUUCUCAAAGUCAUUUCUAAGGAGACUGUCUGUGUUGCUGAGGUGAGUGUGACAUCCAGGCUGCUGAACCCUGCUGGGCUAAUCUGUUUGUAUAAACAGACAUUGCCUGUGGGCAUCAGACACAAGGGUAGACCUGUGGCAGCUUGCACAAAAAACGGGAUCCAACUUUCAAACUAAGCCUGGAUCACCGUUUAAACAGCACCAGACACAGACAAAAUGUGGAGUCCCUUGUUCUCAGUUUCUGAAGACCCCACAGCCAUAUUAUGGCGAUCUAAAUUCCAGAUUCACGCAUAUCUUGUUCUUGCAAUAUUCUGAUAUUAUAUGUGUUGUGAAUACAAAAGAUGAGAAAUGAUUCGUGGAGGCCCUUCCCUUGUGGAGGGAGCUGGGCUGUCUCUGAGGCUCAUAUUUCCUGUUCUCUGUUUCACUCCCAACACUGAUGUCAGACCUAAACAUACGGCUCAAGGGCUGCAGGAUAGAAAUCACAACCAUAAAUCUCUAGCCAGAAACUUUUAGGAUAUUCAAAGGGAACAUUCAAAUCCUAUGGAAUUCUCUAUAGAAACCUGUAAAGAAAAUAUUUAUGUCUGAGGUACAUCAAUUUUUCAUUUUCCCAUUCAUCCCAAGAACCAAGAAAAUUAUGUUGGAAACCUAAUUUUCCAAGGAAAAAGGAAGGUCUAUCUUGAAAAACAAUAAAACAAUUGUAGGGCUUUUUAAACUUAAAUAAAAUGUACGCAUGGUGAAAUGCAUAGAUUUUAAGGAUACAAUGUAACUAAUUUUGAGAAAUGGACAAACCGAAUUACCAAUGUUUCAAUCAAAAUUCAGAACAUGUCAGACGGUUCAGAAAACGUCCUUAGGGCCCCCUUUUCCACCAGUCGCCAUGAUGCCAUCAACCCCCAUUAUAAAUGUACCACAUUAUAAACUGCAGUGUGCCUGAGUUAGUCUGCUGGUUUAAAUGUUACUCUCAUCUGGGUUUCACCAAAUAUCUGGACAUUAUGACAUGGCCAAAUGGAUACCUAAAACCUGAGUUAACCGGUUCUCAGUGCUGAAGUUUCACUGCAUUGCUGAUUAACUGUCUGCUCACGAUGUAAGGCAGGUGCUUGUCUCAUGUUUUUCUGUCUCUCCAUUAUUCCCGUGUGAAAACCCAUUUGACUCCUUUUGUAUACGCAUGAAAAUUAGUUUUCUCUCUGUCAAGGUUCUGUCUGUUCACUGUUUGCUCCAGAGAUGGUCCAAUGUGACUCACAUAUCUCUAAGACACCCAUAAAACACUGGAAUUGUUGUAAGUUUUUGUAUGUUUGUGGAAGUCUCUCUGAUCCCCCUUCUUCCUUGUAUGUACAUAAAUUUCAUGAGUCUGCUAAUGAUCAGAAUUGCAAUCGCCUCUGCCCUAAUGCCUCUAAGUUCACGUCCACUAGGUUGUGUCCUUCCAGUCAGCUGACAUUGACAUUCACCGAGUUCUAUCCUACAGAAUAUAUCUUGAUUCUACAUGUAAAGGAGCUCUUGGAACCUGAAAGAUGGUGCCAUCAAACUGCAAGUCUGCAACUGGGGGAGCAGGAGCCCAGGACAGGGAGUGGAAGAAUGACACAAGGCCCAAGUCUUCUCUCGGAACCACCUUGGCACCAAGCCUGGUUAGUCAUGGCCCAAAGAAGGCUGUGCCUUCUUCUGAGUGAAUGAUUUGCCUUUCUUUGGAGACUCCUGCUAUGUUAUAUGGCAACACGAGAGGCUGGGAUAUCUCUGUCUUAUUUAUUGUAGCUUCCAAACAUGUCCCAAAGCCAGCAAAAUUGAGCCAGGAGACAGAUGAAAGGAUCAGAGGCUUCUCAGGCAUAAAUGUCCUGGGCAUAGAGCAGUCCACCUCAGAGAAAAACUGAGAGAAAGUGCUCCCCCACCCCCCGGGAUCUUAGCCUCCCUUCCACCUGCCAUCUGAAGGGAGAGGAUGUGUCUCCAAAGCAAAAUACACUUGUCUCCACACUUCUCCAAAACUUGAACGCAGUUGGUUCACUUGUUUAGAAGACAACUUGGUACCUUGUUCUAGCGAAAUACUAGCUCAUUUCCUUAUUCCUUCUGAAAAAAAAAAAAAAAAAAAAAAAAAACGAGUCUUGCUGUCCCUACAGACCUAAGUAAGAGAGGAAGCUAUCUUUGAGUAGCUGAACCUGACAAGAUAUGGCAAGGCACUGAGUACCUGCUUCAUCCAACGAACGGCACACUCCUGAUAGGAGAAAUUUGUCUCUGUUGCAAUCAAAUAAAAUGUACGUUGUGAAGACAAGAAAAACCAUACUGCUAAAUCGAGUAACAAAUAAAAACCAAAAUUGCACUUUUAAUCUCUAAAAAUUAGAAUCUUGCCAAGAUUAAACAGACCUUAAUUUUAAAAAUGGCAUGCCCAAGAUGGUCUCACUAUGCAAAACAUCCUGGGUGAGAAGUUUUUAAAACAAGUAAUUACAAUUGUGAGUCACUUUCAUAAAGAACUUGGAAGAACUUUACAGUUGAUUAGAAUUAGGGUGUUCUGACUUGACAUCUUAGACCAAAAUAGUGUCUGCUUUCUUUCCAGGGGUGGCUGAAUAAAGUAGGAAAGAAAUACAAAUAACUGAUGUGUUAUGGGGUGGCCACCGGCAUAUAAAUACCUGUCUUGGUAUUUAUACGCUAAUGAACUAUCUCCAACAUGGCAUUAAUAUGAUAGUGAACGCCCUAAGCUGUGAGCAAAGCUACUUACUGCCCAAUGAUAUGAUACCAAACUUGGUUCUUUGGAGGUGGCCAUUAGGUGGCGCUGCUGUCCUCCAGAGACCUGGCUUCUCUUGCCUCAGUGUUUAUAUCCACCAGCAAGAGGACUCUAGCUUCUGGUGUGGCCCUGACUUCAGUGACUGUUAAACUUCUGGCACCAUUGUUGAGCUCACACAUGCCCACCUGUCGUAAAGAUGCAGAGACCUUAAAUUUCUGAACUUAAAAACAUAUUCCCUCAAUAUACACAUGCCCUGUAAUAUUUUGGAGUUAUGGAGUCUUUUAAAGUGUCUGAAAGUCAAGUUUAAAUAUUUGUUACAAAUAAGACUGAAAAUUAAGACCAAAAGUAAAACAAAUGGCAAGACAUUACUCCUUCUGUGACUAAACAGUGUGCCACUCAGAAAGGGGGUGGUUAAAUUUUAAACAUUAAAAAAAAGUUUAAAAAUGGAAAAAAAUCUCAAAAGUGGAAAACUAGAAAAAAAUGCCCAUUUUUUGUGAGUAGCAUCUCUUUUCUGCCUGAAAAAAAAAAGUUUAGAGAAACUGCCACUUCUUCAAGGCUUUGGAUAAGUCUCCUUAAAAACUGGGAUUUGGGGGAGAAAUGGUACCCACAGAGAAUUAAUCAUUUUCUUUGAACUUGCUUUCAUAUAAAGGGCAUGAAUCCUAUUAAAUGCUAAAUAUUUAAAAAAUGAAAUAUUCAAAGAAUCCAAACUAUGCUUGGCUUGAACUUGAGAGAUAAGUUAAAAGAAUAAAAGAAGAAAUGUAGGGAAAAGAACAAAAAAGGAAGAGCAGAAAGAGAAUUAGGAUGAAAGAAUCAAAAUAGAAAGAUACCUCCCCAGGAUUUGGACAGGGCCGGUCCUUACCUCCCUUUUGCUUGGUUGGUCAAAUGGUUUUGUUUGUUUUAACUGAGUGAAAACACUGGAUUGUUUUCCACCAAGAGCACACUUUCCCCUUCCUCUUCAGAGUUGAAAAGAACUAGUCUAAAGAAAUUGAUAACUUGGGUGGGUUUCCCCAUAGAAUUGGCUUUUAUAGAGAACCAUGUUGAACUGUAAAUGACCAUUACCAUCACCAACACUAACAACAAAAAGACAGUGGCUUAACUAAUACAGCCACCUAUUCCUCCCCUUAUUCUCAAACUCGGGAGAGACCAGCACGUGCGCUUCCUAGAGAUCUUGACCUCUCCUUGUUUCAUGCUGUGUGGCUGCCAUUCUCAGAUCAUAACAACAUUCAAAAUGGUUGCAGAAGCUUACGUCUUUUCUAAGUCUAGCCAAGGAGUGGGGAAAGUCACAAAGAAUGGUGGGGUUUUUUUGUUUGUUUGUUUGUUUGUUUGUUUGUUUGUUUUUUGCUUAAGGACAAGUCUCAGAAGCUAACUGUAUAGAAUUCCUACUUACAUCAUUUGUCAAAGUUUGAUCUACCCAAGACUUUGCAGCAGAGAAAGCUGGGCACUAGAGCCUAUAUUCUAGGUGACAUUGUACCCAACUAAAACUAAGAGCAGUAAACACAUAUAGAAGAAUAUUGAGCAGUCCCUUCCAUUCACUUCAAGAACACAAUCUUGUUGAAAUGGAAGUCUUGAUUCCUUAAUUGUUAUAGAUUAUAAAAAAAGAGGCAUAUACUUUCCAGUAUUAUGAAAGAUGUCAUCAUCAGCUCCAUGGAAUAAAAGUUUCUACUUCUUACUUUUUUAUCUGGUCUGUUUGGUCAGAAAGAAAACCCAAUGUUAAAUCUGAGAAUCACCAGGAGAAAAGACCAAAUCCAUGAUUGCCCCAUUAAAGCCAGCUAUAUUUUGGGGUGCACUCAGGACUGACCAGUUGGCUGUCUCCCCCUAAGUCAGGAUUUGGGAGAGCAGCCCCUGCUGGCCUCUUGAGGUCCUUUUUAUAGGAGAGAUAAGGUGUUCACAGGGGCGAGAGAGUGAACUGUUACACAUUGUGAGAAAAAUACAAUAAAAGGGAAGGAACGAGGGGAAGGAAUGGGAAUAGGGUCGUGAGUUUAAUGUGGGUUGAAAAACGUGUUGGGCAGUUCACAUCAGAUCUAAGAAACAGGAACUUAUUCUUAAUUACAAAUAGAAACCUUAACUUGCAAGGAGUUAACAUAGGAACUUACUCUUUAACUGCAAACAGAAACCUUAACCUGAAAGGUCUAUUGUUCCUGUUUCGAUCUCACAAUGUAUAAUACUAGAUCGUCCUGUUUUCUUAAUUCUGCAGAAUGUAUUUUGACUUUCCUGUUCUUGCAAAUGACUCUAAUUUGAAGAGCCAUUCCAACACAGGGCUCAGUCUACACAGAACAGCAUCAACAGGUUAGACCUUCCACUGAAAAACAGUCCCCUCUGUACCACAAACUCUUCGGAACUGAUCAAUAACGUCCUUAUUUUAUUCUAUUUAAUUCAACAGUAUAUAGUGCUUAGGAAAGUGGGUCAGGACAGGUAAUUGAGAAUAUAUGAUCGCUGGUAUGCUGAUGAUUCCUCACUGCUAAAGUUGAGCUCAGCCAAGCCUGGUGGCACAGGCCUCUAACCUCUACUUCAUGGGAGGCUGAGACUGAAUGAACACACACUCAAGAACAGCCUCGACAGCCUAGUGGAAGUCUGUCACAACAGUUAAAAGAGGGAGAGGAAGAAAAGAAAGAGGAAGAGGAGCAGGGAGACAGAGGAAGAGGACCAAAAGAAGGAAAAAGAGAAAGUAGUCAUUGUUGUAGACGUUUAAGGUUUAAAAGGAGGGCUGCAAUGUUAUUUCAGUGGUGGAGCACAUGACAGUCAUUGAAUCCAAGACCCUAGAUUCAAUUACCAGCACCAUAAGAAUUAAAGUGGAAAAAAAUAAAUAAAAAAUACAACUUUUCAAAGUUAACCUGCCUUUCUCUUCACUUUUUUUUCUUGAAAAAAAUACAUUGUUCUUAAGAAACUUACAAUUGAGAAAAAUUAAAAACUUUUUUAAUCUUUAGACUUUAUUGUAUCUUCUUCCUGGACUAGUUCCAAGUACUGCUUUUUCCACAGUACUCUAGGAAGUGAUUUUAGUCACUGAAAAGUGCCAGCAUAUUCUCUCUGAGCAUAAAAUGGCUCCAAAUGCAGCUGACAUGACAGAUAAUUUAAAGAUGAUUAGGUGAACUGGGCAUGAGUAUCAGAUGUCUGGAGUCCAGCACUCAGAAGCCUGAGGCAGGAGGAUUGCUAGAGCCCAGAAGUUGAGGACCAGCAAGAUGCUAUUGUUUUUUUAAUGUAAGCAAAAGGGGCUGGGGAUAUGGAUCAAUGGUUAAGUGUGUUCUGCUUGUCUGCUGCUCUUGCACAGGACCCAAGUUCCUAGCAUCCACAUUGGGCGGCUCACAACUGCCUAUAAUUCCAGCUCCAGAGGAUCCGAUUCCCUCCUUUGGCCUUUGCAGGCACUUGCACUCAGGUACACACCCCCACGAGAGCAUGCUCUUUCUCUGCAAGCUAAACUCAUAGCACUGAAAAGACCUGUGGUAUCUCCUUGAGCCUGGUUGAGGAGGAGGCUGCUGAGGCUGCUCCCAGCAUCCUCAGCCUGUUUCCUCUGCAUUCAUUCCACAGCUUCCUUCUGUGGAGUCUCUAGUGACCACAGAACAGUAUCAACAGGUUAGACCUUCCACUGAAAAACAUGGAAUAAAAAUUUCUACUUCUUACUUUUUUAUCUGGUCUGUUUGGUCAGAAAGAAAACCCAAUGUUAAAUCUGAGAAUCACCAGGAGAAAAGACCAAAUCCAUGAUUUGGUCUUUAGUGACCAGGCUUUUCCGGUGAGGUGUUCUGUGCUGACAUUUGAUACAUGUCUGCAUAACCCCCAUCAUUCAAGUUGUAGGCCCCCUGCUGUGGCCUGCUCUGUGUCACCUGUCUCUGCUGCUCUCAUAGCAGAGUUAUUGGCCAGAGGACAUUUGUGUUCUCUUGAGUUGGUUUUGGUUUUGGUUUUUUGUUUCGUUUUUUUGUUUGUUUGGUUUUUGUUUUUUGUGUUUUUGUUUUUUUUUCCUGACUUCACUUUUGUCUUCUCAGGGAAAAUCAGAGAUCUUAGACCACCAGUCACUGUUUUUUACUUUCCACAAUACAGACCAGCUUGGACUUGCUGUACCUGCUUCCUUCACUUGUAGCUUAAGCACAAUUUUGUGUGCUCUGAACAACCUGCACACUAUGUUUUACCAGCCAGCGUGCAGAUAGCUUGCUUUGAACUGUUGCAUGACAGGUCCUGAGGGAGUUAGUGUGCUAAUAGAUUGCUUAAAAUCAGUUUUUGGCCUUCUUUACAUUUCCAUCCCUCAUAAGCCUCCUUAACCAAAGAGGAACACUUUUAUUUCUGGCAUCUUAUAAUCUGUCUAAAUGAAAAAGCAAACUCACUAACUGCAGGUUUACAAUGGUUUAUGAAGACCACCUUCACUCACAUAUGAAUGUCAGAGCCCAAUGAACAUAAUCAUUACUACUGAACUCAGAUGUUGAUAAUAGAAACAGAUAUUGCUGCAAAUAUUAACCAGCUUUCCAGUUUCCUCAUCAAUACCUGCAUUGUAGCCUACAGGCUUUUCUUUGCAUUGCCUAGGGUUUUUAUUAUUAUAAACUGUCAGUAUUCAAUCCAUUUAUCCAUCCAACAUGUAUAGGCAUUUAUUUGGGUUCUCAUGUAGCUUUUCAUCUUUAUCAUUAAAGAUUGCACCAUUCUCUGGGCUUGGUGCUUUAGGCAAAGUAGAAUGUAUGAAGUAGUAAGGUAAAUAUCUUUGUUUGUUUGAGGCAGGGUCUUAUGAAUGACAUGGAACUCACAGAGACCCACCCACCUGCCUCUGCCUGCCUCCCGAGUGCUGGGAUUAAAGGCAGGUGCCACCAUGCUCAGCCUGCAAGUUAACUGUCUUUAAGACUAGAACUCAGCACAAGUCUUGUGGCUUACUUAACUUGUUUCUAGAGGACAAGCAGAACUCGUUAGUUCACUUUAUUGCUUUUAAGCCACUUGCUGCAUGUAAUGGAUUUGAAACAUCAGGUGACGACUGUUAGACUUUUUAAUGUCACAAAGAAAGGUAUUGAUGACGGACAUCAAACUACCUGAACCAGACCCAGAGAUCAAAGUCCCUCCGCUGGCUGUAAAAUGCCCUGUGUGAUCAGAGGCCCUCAGGGGCUGCUUUGGCUAGAUCCUUGUUAAAGUAGGAGGCUUGGGCAGUGGUUUCAGCAGGUUCUAGUCCUGUUUCCUUUUUUUUCAUUUGUUUCAGGGCCCGUAGCCAUCUACCUUCCUUGAUUUCCUUCUGUAAAAACCUUGCAUUUCCAUAUCCUUAACUAAGGAGCUGCAUAAUAAUUACAAAACAUUUAAGAAAAUGGAGUUUUCAUUAAAAGUUCGGCUGCAGAUCUGGGCUGCCAUGUGACAGAUGCUGGUACAAGCCCAGAGUAUUAUUAGCAUCAGUAAUAAUUGUAAUAAGAACAUGCCUAGUUUUCUUUGAAAGAUGUAGACGUUACUUUUUUUUCCAUUUCACAUAACUCAAGGGAAAUGUGGGUGUGAACACUUCAAAACACUUUCAGAUCCUCAAGGGAAACUCUGAAGUGAAGAGAAUUAGAAUUAAUGCCUACAUCAGUUCCUGCAGAAAAAUGCCUGACACAGAAUAACGAAGCAGCUUCUCAUGCUCUCCCAGAAACUUGUAGGUGAGAGUUCCCACUGAGAACUCCGGGGCUGGAAACAAUGAGAAUUUCUGACUUUGUAGAUUUGUCUGAGAGUUCUUACAUGUGACGGACAAGAGCCUCGCUGCCUAGCAACCUCCUGCAUAGCAGAGCCAAGGAGCAAAAGACAGACAAAAAUGUCCCUGCCACUCCCAGUAGGUUUUUGCAUAUUCCACAUUCUCAAACUCUUGAGUUCUCUUCAUAGGGAAGCUCAUCCAACAAUAGGAUGUAUUACUCUUAAUUCAAUCCCAACUCAGAUUCAUCUUAAUCAAAUAAUUGUCAAACGCACAACAGGUUAGGAACAGAAAACAUAAAAAGUAGCCAUUGCAUAAAAUAUGCAAAAAUACUGACAACCAUUUCAAACACUGCCUGUGGAAGAACACAGGGAGAAAAGUAAUGUAAGAACGUGAGUCACUGGUGUAUGGACACAUUGGAAGUAAAAAUCGCUGGAACAGAAGUCUACAGACAAAGAGUGCAUAGCUUCACACAACAGUGCUUCAUUCCCAUUAUGACAAAUCCAGAUGUUAGUUAAAAAUCAUGUCUCUGUGAACUAAGAAUGGGGACUUCCUUCUCAAGCUACUUCUCUUUUGCCUGUCUUACAAUCAGUAUCAUUAUUGCUUUCAUCUGAAUAAGAUGCACUCCUUUGGUCUGCUGACCAUGCAGACCUUUAUUGUCUCCACUUCCUGGGUGUUGUAUUGCUGUUUGCAACAUGCUACGCCCAGAGCAUGUGGUGGACCCAGGGUUAUAAGCAUCUUCUGAUAUAGAUAGAUUAAUGAAAAUUUUAUUUGGUCAGACUCCUUUCCAAAAAAUUACUAAGAGAAAGACACUUAGGUAAAGAACAUAGAAUAAUUAAUACCCCAGACAUCUCCCAUGCAUGCCCCACAUAAGAGCCAUAGCAUGGUGAGAAAAUAUCUGGGGUGGAGGGAAAUUUAAUUUUCAAGAUUUAAGCUCCUAACACUAGUUCCUGAGGGUCAUCCCCUGUGAUAAAUACUCCUUUACCUGCUUGUUACCAAAUUGUCUCUUUUGGUGCAAUAGCCAGCUUUCUGAGGCACAGACUUCUCAAAGUCCUGGGAUAUUUCAUGGAAAAGGUAAGGGUUCCCCAAAGCAUGCCGCAUUCAUCCGGCAUACUCUCACCUUGCAGUUCAAGAGUUCUGGCUUACAGUCACUAAAACAACCUUGCUCCCUGUCCCAUUUUUUAGUCUAUCAGUAAUUGGUAAAAGAAAGCCCAUUGGCAGCUGUUCACUGAGGCGUACAUCUCAUUCCUGGAUUAGUCAGAGGUGCCCUUCGGUGUAUGAAGCUGAUGCCCCAGGAACUGCUACUGAUGGGGGAAUUCUAUUGUGGGUUACUGCCACACUCAGCCCGUUUGUCAAUCCAACAGCAUACACUGAGGGACACAAGAUUCCAUGAACUCCUCCAAGCCACGUCCUGUAAGCUGUGGCAACAAGCUGUGGCUCCUGCCAUUUCUUCAAAGCAUUCCUGCAGAGCACCUCCCAGGUGUGAGGCACUGUUCAGGUGUGAGAGAAACAACACAGGAUAACAGCAGGGUCUGAGCACGGGGAGCACACAGUCUAAGCGCAAGGAGACAUAUUAAUCUACAAAAGGCUCAAGCAAAUAGCAUUCCAGAAUACCUGGGCCCCGACAGAAGGUAUGAGGACCCCCUUCCCACAGAGGCCGAGCUCUGAUGAGCAAAGAUGAUAGUCAGCCCAAAUGCAGCCUUCCUUUGCUGCCUUGGGAUUCUCUCAACAAACACUUCAUAAGAAUCUGCUUGUGAAAGAAGCCCCCCAGCCCAAGGGGAAGCAAUGAAAACUAAUCAAAUGUCCAAUUUUUCCUCGAGAAGUUUAUCAUCGAAAUCCUCAUGGCUUUGGGCAGACUUCUUCCUUCCCAGAGCUCAGCCUCUGAGACACCACCUAGCGCUCACUCUGUGAUGCUCAAGACCCUGAGGUCAGAGCCACCUGCUCCUCUGAGCAUGUGUGUGCCACAUUUGAAAAUAGGUGCCCUGUCCCUCGGGACUCUAGGAACAGAUCUGAGAACCAGAGUCACCCACAUCACAUAAGCCAAGGCAGCCCACCACACUCCUGAGUUGUGGUUAAAGUAGGCCAUUCUGCAGUCCCUGACAGUUCAGACAAAUAUACUUACCUCAACCACACACAGAUACCCUCUAGUUACCUCUGGGAUGAUCUUCCCAUGCUGCCACAGGACCUGGUGUGAUUGGGUAUGAAAGAAACCCAGCAAAGACAACUGCGUGUAAGAGAUCUGUCUGAGUUCAAAAGCAGAGCUCAGAGAGGGUCCUCAGGGAACCCUGGUAUACUUGGGGGUUCACACAAGCUGUUCCUUUGCUGUUAUUUCUGACAAACUGGGUACUAUUAGUACUGUUGAUGAAUGCAGAGAGUACUUACUGUUGAAGAAGCAGGAAUGACUUUAAACCUUCUUUCGUCACUGUGACCGACAAUGAGAUUGUUCUCGCCUUUGUUGAACCAACUCUGCCAUCUUAUGGAAAGAAACGGAAGCACCCAGAGCGGUUCACUAUGUCUGCUGGAAAAAUGGCAGGUCACAGCACCUCUGUCUACUUCUAGUUGCUUUUAAACCAUCAACACUUUUACCAGCAGAAAUAUUUUUUUAAAUCAGUCUUUAAUAGUUCUCAGAUCACUUGCUGACCAAGAUGUCAUUCAAACUUGGCACUGGAACUCUAUGUAAAACUCAAGUGAUAUUUUGUAUUAGUAUGAGUUUCUACUGUCAUGUAACACUGUGAAGUGACUUCACUGUAUAUCAGUGUCUUUUCUAUCAUAUCUUGAGCUACCAAAUGAAUUAAAUGAAAAUAACUGAACUCUAUCAAGAACUGUCCUGUAUACUAUUGGUAGCCUGUGGGGAAAUGAGUCUUUUUUCUUAUAUAUACUGGUAGUAUGUCUUGUUUUCAUAAUUACUUUUUACAUUUUUGUGCAUAUACCUGUAUAUUAUAUUCAGUCAUCAGAACCUAUCAUUUAAUAGAAAAUACAUACAUUUUUAUGUCUCUCUGAACACAUUGAUUCUGAAUAAGUUUACAAGUUAGAUGUAAUAAGCUUUUAUUUUCAACCAUGAAUAAAGAUGUACAUUGAAAUAGA